AUGCUUGCUGGUCUUGCGGCACUCUGUGUCUCCCCUCUUACCUCCCUCCCUUCCUCCCUCGCUCACCGCCAAUCGGACGCACGACCCGCGCCCACGUCCUUCUGUGUAUGUGUUGAAGGUGUUUCUGUGCUUGCAUGCGAAGGAGCAACGCAACACGGGACGCAGAUCACGCGACGCGCAGUGCUGCAACAUACAAAGGAAACUUACCCACCCGCUCGCCUGCUUACGCGCACCGGCACUCGACGGCGCUCCCCCAUCGACGUGAGCCACCCAAGGACAUCCCCCCUCCCCCCUCCCCCCACACACACGCGGACAUACAACAAAGGAGGCAACAUGGGCAUCAUAUUGAACAUGAGCGUGUAUGGUCUCAUGGUCAUCCCGCUGGCCGCCAUGGUGAGGGGACACAACAUCUCACUGAGGAGAUUGGCCAAGCUGAGCAUUGUGAUGGCCGCGGUGCAGCUAGCGCAGUCCACCAUCGCCAUGGCGGUGCCGCCUGACACGGUGCUGGCACAGGUUUGCGUGCAGGGCGCGUUGCUGCCGCUGGUGACGGUCGCGUUUUGUUUCUUCAUCUUGAACGACGCCAAGGCGGCGAAGGUGAUGCACCUGCACGACUGCGGGGACGGCGAUACAGGUGCGGCGGUGGCGACGGUGUGGUGCUUGUGCUACACGGUGCUCUUCCGCUGGUUCCCGUGGUACCACUCGAUGUCUAGCCGCGGCUUCGAGGCGGCCAACUUGGAGUCUGGCGCCGAGGCGUACCUUACCCUUAUCACGAUGCUUGCCAUGUGCCGCAGUUUCACUACCGGGCAGUCUGCGGCCGCGACAGCUGCGUGGGGCCUGCACGUCGUCGGUGCCGUUGCUGGCGCCGCGGCAGGCAUGCCGAUGGCGGGUACGGUCUUGACGACUGCCUUGAUGACGGCCGCGUCGUACACCGCCUUCCGUGCCCCAGAGGAGGGGAGGGGGAGCAAGGAAGAUUAG